AGCGGGGGGCGGGCGGCGGGUCCCGGGGCUCUGCGCACCUGCGGCGGCCGCGCCGAGCGGGGCCGUGGGCAGCGGGGCCAUGGGCAGCCAGGCGGGGGGUCCGCGGGCGACCGAGCCGGGGCAGCAGCUCCGCGCUCUCUUCUACGCGCUGCCGCCCGGGGAGAGCUCCUUCCGCACGGUGGAGGAGGUGCCCGACUACGUGGAGAAGAGUGUUCCAUUCUUCAUUGCUUUUAUUGCGCUGGAGUUUGCUGUCAGCUGGGUUCAGAAGCGUAAGCUGUCAGGUCGGAUCAAUGAUGGCAUAAGUUCUCUUUCUUUAGGUAUCCUGUCUCGACUGCCAGAUGUUUUAUUUAGAAGUGUUGACUUAAUUAGUUAUAUCUACGUAUGGAAUAACUACAGACUUUUUGAACUGCCCUGGGACUCAAAAUGGACAUGGUAUUUGACCCUCCUGGGAGUGGACUUUGCAUACUACUGUUUUCAUCGCAUAAGCCAUGAGGUUAAUAUACUGUGGGCAGCGCACCAAAUACAUCAUAGUUCUGAAGAUUACAACUUAUUCACAGCCUUGAGACAAUCUGUACUGCAGAAAUAUACCUCCUGGAUUUUCAACUUGCCCAUGGCUCUUUUCAUUCCCCCUUCAGUGUUUGCUGUUCAUCUACAAUUUAAUCUGCUUUACCAGUUUUGGAUCCAUACAGAGGUUAUUACCAACCUUGGGCCCUUGGAGUGGAUUCUUAAUACUCCCAGUCAUCACAGAGUUCACCAUGGUAGAAAUCCUUACUGCAUUGACAAAAAUUAUGGUGGCACACUCAUUAUCUGGGACAGGAUAUUUGGAACAUUUGAGGCAGAAGACGAAAAAGUUGUAUAUGGCUUAACACAUCCAGUAAAUUCAUUUGAUCCCAUCAUGCUCCAGUGGCGUCCCUUGACUCAUAUUUGGAGCACGUUUUGGGCCACACCUGGAUUCUGCAACAAGCUUUCUGUCAUAUUCAAAGGGCCAGGCUGGGGACCAGGCAAACCUAGACUUGGCCUUCCUGAGGAAAUCCCAGUGAUCACUGGAAAAGAAGUUCCCUUCAAUCCAAGUCUACCAGUUCAUCUGAGUUGCUAUGCAGUUGUACAUUUUGCUGUACUAACGGACUUGUAUACUGAGCUUCUUGGUACCGUGACCAUGUUAUCACAGGGAACCAUUCUCCUGAGAAUUGGCUUUAUCAUUCUGUCCCUCACCUCUUUUGGACUACUUCUGGAGAACAGGCCCAAAGCAGGAAUUUUGGAAAUAACCCGCUGCUUAGUCUUCAUAGUUGUGUACAAACUUGGCUACUUAAGGAGUAAUUUGUCUUCCUUGGGCUACACAUACGAGUUUUGGUGUUUAACUCAAACAGUUCCUGAAUUCCUUUGAUAAGAGCCUGCCAGAACUCCGCAGAUAUUUUGAGGAUUUUACUUGCUUGCAUAUCUUUUGGAAAAUGUUUUUAUUAUUUAUCAAGUAGCCCUAUUACAGUAGAUAGACUUGAAGCAAAGAAUUCUAAAAUUUUGUGAUUAACUCUAUAGUGCUGGAGAUGUAGCUCUCAAGGUUGAAUUAUUCUAACUGAAUUUGGGGAGAAUUAUAUGUCAAAAUAUACACUCUCAAUUAAAAAAAAAAAAAUGUUCUUGCCUUGCUGAAGUGUGUGUGUGUAUAUGUAAAAGUAUCUCUUACUAUGAAAUGAGAAAAAGUAAAAGUAGCGGAUUGUUAUUUCUAGUUUUUGUAGCUUCCUAUUCUGCCAUGAAGUUCUUUAAAGGUAUUUGUCAAUAAAAUUUUAACUUCUUUGCCAGCUCAAGUUCAUCCACACUGUACUUUCCUAACUUUUCUUUUAUCUAGUGUUUAUCUUUUAUCCUUUAUAUUAUACUUCUCUGAUACUCUUUAUUCAGUCCUUGUUUUGGCCAUUUUUAACAAGCAAUAGGAGUGACCUGCUCACAUUUGGGUUUUUUAAAUACUCAAGGAAUAGGUGUCUUCCAAAUUGUUUGUUGUUGGUAAUGCUUCUGAAUAAUGCCAAUAUGGCAAUAAUGGAGACUUACAUUUUAUCAUAAAUCAACAAGUUUGUGAUAUUAAUAGCUUUUGUGAUGUUUAUGAUGAACUUCAAAGGGUUCUCAGCUUUGCUGUAAAUUAUGUACUUGAGCUCUCAAUGCAUUAUACAAGUUCUGGAUUCACUUCAGGAGUUUUCUUAGGUGGGCUAUAUUGUUAUAAUGGGAUUUAUGAUUUUUAAAAAUGCCAAAUAUUUGUUAAUUCAUGUUGAAACAAGUCUUGAAGUAUUUAUAAUUUAGUUCAAGAUUGACCUGAUCAUUUUGAACCAACAGAUACCGGAAAGCAUAAAUAAAUAAAUAAAUAAUUUUCUCAGA